GAAAAACCUAUCAAUGGCGUCCGCGUGAAUUUAAUACAUGUAUAUACAUUCUUUUGUUUUUACUUGAAAUAUAUAUAAUCAAUUUGUGUUUGUACGAAAAAGGGUGAAGAAUAAAAAUCUACAUUUAUGUUACUGAACAUGGCGUUGCCCAGCAACUACAAGCAAAUUGCGCCAACUGGGCCGGCGACUCCUCUACCAAACGUUGGCGGAGGUGGAGGUGGUGGCGGCGGCAGUGGCAGCAGCCGAUCGCGUUCCUCAGGCGGCGGAGCUGCUGGCGAUCGUAAUAAGGAUCAAACGCCAAUAUUUACGCACAGCAACUAUGGCAAUCCAGCAUUCACCCCUCAGAAAGUGACCAAAUCAUCGAGCAAUAAAACGCAAAGCGAGUCCCGUUUGCCAAAGCCACCGAAGCCGCCAGAGAAACCGAUUUUGCCAUAUAUGCGGUAUUCAAAGCGUGUGUGGGACAGUGUCAAGGCACAGCAUCCGGAGCUAAAACUUUGGGAGCUGGGCAAAAAGAUUGGCGCCAUGUGGAAGCAGCUGGGCGAUGACGAGAAAACCGAAUAUAUUGAUGAGUACGAGGUGGAGAAACUGGAGUACGAGAAGGCAUUGAAGGCGUACCAUCAAACGCCCGCCUAUCAGGCCUACAUUUCGGCCAAAUCAAAGGUCAAACCCGAAAUAACCGAUGUCCAUGAAACGCCAUCGCGUGGCGGUGGCAGCAAGAGUCAACACGAGCGUCGCAUCGACAUCCAGCCGGCCGAGGAUGAGGAUGAUCUUGACGAGGGGUAUACGGCCAAGCAUAUGGCGUAUGCACGCUACUUACGAAAUCAUCGUCUCAUCAACGAGAUCUUCUCGGAGGCGGUAGUGCCCGAUGUGCGAUCCGUGGUCACCACACAGCGGAUGCAGGUGCUCAAGCGUCAGGUUAGCUCGCUAACCAUGCACCAAACGAAACUAGAGGCCGAGCUGCAGCAGAUGGAGGAGAAAUUCGAGGCGAAAAAGCAGCGUAUGCUUGAGUCCAGCGAUGCAUUCCAGGAAGAGCUCAAGCGCCACUGCAAACCUGCUGUGGAUGAGGACACAUUUCAGAAAAUGGUGCAUCGCAUGUAUGAGGACAUUAAACGCGAUCGCCAACGCAUCGAGGAUGCACCCAAUCGCUCCAAGGAGGAGACGCCACAGCCGCCGCCACAACCGUCGCAACAGCAGCCGGCGGCUCCCGAGGCGAGUGCUGCACCCAAACCGGAGGCGGCCAAGCAACCAGUUGUUGUUGCUGCACCGCCACCGGCGCCGCCGGUACAGCCGCAACCACAAGCGCCGCCACCAGCAGCGCCAGUGCAUGAGCUGGCAAGCAAAACGGAUCCGGAGCCCAUGGAUAUUGAGCCAUCGGCGAAGCUAUCUGUGCCGCCGCCACCGCCGCCCUCAACAAAGCUCCACGACAAAUUAGAGCUAAUUGAGCCAAUGAAAGAUCCGCUGAAAUCCACGGCGGCACCAAUGAUCGCUUUGUCUGGCAAGCAACCAAGCACGGCCACGACAACAACUCCAACGGCAACGCCACCGCUCUCGCUAGCUAACGAGCCGCCAGCAACAACGCCAACUCCGCCGCCAACACAGCAGCAACUACCAGCAACGGCAGCAGCAGCAGCGUCAGCGGCGCCUCAAAUGCACCCAUCACAUCCACACGUAGUUGCAGGAGGAGGAGCGCAGACGGCGGCGCCGCCACCACCACCACCACCAUCACCCGGCCAGUCGCAUCCAUCGCAUCCAUCGAUGCCACCGCAUCAGCAGCACCAGCAACAGCAACAACCACCACCUGGUGGCAUACCUGGCUUGCCGCCACCGUUGCCGCACAUGGGCUAUGCGAACUAUGGUGGGCCUCCCGGUGCUGGACCUGGUCCUGGUCAGCACUCACACUCGCACUCACACUCGCACACGCACACACACUACUAUCAGCCGCAAUAUGGGCAUGGGCCGCACUCGCGACCCCAUUCGCAGCCCUAUUAUCCCCACCUGCCGCCCUAUCAAGCCUAUACGCCGCUGCACUUCGCCAGCGCCCGGGAGCAGCAGCAUGCUGGUGUCACUGCUCCAACAGUUGUGCCUCCACAACAACAACAGCAGCAGCAACAAGCACCACCACAACAGCAGCAGCAGCCACCGCCGGGACACCUACACGAAACAGCUGCAGCAGCCGCGGCAGCAGCAGCAGGAGCCGCCGCAUCAUCAGCAGUAAAUGUGGGUGGUGCUCUUUAUGGCUCGCAACAACAACAGCCGCAGCCAACUCAAGCACCGCAGCAGCCACAUGCGUUGCCACAGCAGCAGCAGCCAUCACCAGCACCACAGCCAGCACCAGCACCGGCAGCAGCGCCACCAGCAGCAGCAGCAGUGGCUGCAUCGUCAGGGGCAGCGGCGGCAUCGCCAUCGCCUAGCAGUACACCCGUUGCCCAGCCGCCGCCGCCACCACCGCCAGCAGCGACAGCGAGCGAUGCAGCAGCAACAGGAGCAGCAGCAGCUAAACUCGAAUCUGACAAAAAGGAAACGGACUAAGGGCAGACGACAGGCAGGCCGGGAAAGGCACGCCUCACACUGAAAACUGACAAUGAACUCUCACUUCGAUGUAAAAUAGCUCCUACUACUGCACAGCGAAAUGUCAUAGAAAACACAAAAAAAAAAAAAAAAAAAUAUACAAAAAACCACUAACAUCAUUUAGCAUAGAUUUAAGCA